AUGGCUCAGCCUCAUGUUAGCUCGCCAGAGCAGCCAAAUGACGAGAGUUUAAAAGAGAAGGGAAGAGCGAAGAAAAAAGGUGAAAAUCAAGAAACAAGAAAUGGAAACGAACAGACGGCAGCUGGAGAAAGAGCACAAGCUAGAAACAGAUCAAGAAGAAUUGCCAAUGGGAAAGUUUUUCUGCUUAUUUUUGCUCUAGUCCUCAUUAUUGGUGGAGGAAUCGGCGUUGCAGUCUAUUUCGGGGUAUCAGCCAUCAUAUCUGGUGUUGCUCCGGAAAACAUCAAUGAAAACACUGACGGUCAAAACGACUCAUCAUCAGGCUCUCAAUCAAAUUCUACCUCACCCUCGAACGAGUCGGCCAACAACUCAAACAGUACCGAAAAAACAACAACAACGACGACGACUUCCACAACAACUGAGCCGACAACGACCGAGAUUCAAACAACGACGGAGAUUCCAUUUAGGAGUAUUCCUCGAAGACUAACGCCUUGCAACGGCACUGGAGAUAUCAUUGAUACGCCUUGGUCCUGGGCGGUGAAGAUAACUUACAAAACGACUGUUCAAGAAAUCGUUGAAGCAAAUGUAACGACAAAUGCAGCAUAUGAAUAUGAUGACGUCAUCGACGAGAUCGUGACAGUGGAAAAGAACAGAGUAUGCGGUGGCUCGAUUAUUCACGAAAACUACAUUCUCACAAGCGGCAAAUGCUGUACUGACAUUUUGAAUACGGAAAAAGCCGAGGCGAAAAUUUUUCUAGGACGAGACUUGGUGGAGAGAAAGUCGUCAAACUUCACGAUCCAUCCCGACUACUCGCCAGUCAAGGCGAAUAUUGGCGAUAAGAAUGACUUGUGUCUCGUUUAUUCCGAAAAGAACAUGUUCUUUUCUGGCGAAGAAGCGCUGUCGACAACACAAGCGUGUCUGCCUGAUUUUGACAAUCAUGUUAAUGCGGGCGAGUUUUGUUUCACAGCUGGAUUUGGCAGUUACAUGGACGAAAAUGAAGCUGACAGCCGCAGGACACCCAGCGAAGUUGAAGUGAAAAUCAUCAACGAUCGAGAUUGCCGUCGUUCUGAAGUUUCUUCGUCAAAUUUCGCCUGGAACGUCCAUUUUUGCGCCAGUUUCGUCCGCAAAGAUCCUCAAAUAGCAUGUGGCGGGGACUUGGGAGCCUCGCUAAUCUGCAUCCUGGAUAACAAACCGGUCAUUUACGGCGUCUCAUCCUUUGCGAAAAACUGUGGGGAUCCGAGUUGGCCAGGGACUUAUUCAAAAGUGUCACAGUAUGUAAACUGGAUCGAAGAAACCAUCAACAGCUGA